CACACACCGCACACCAAGAAAAAGCAUCAGAUCUGCCCUGUCCGCGCUGGAGAACACACACAUCCAUGUAUAUGCGUAAAUAAGUUGUGUAAGUCGCACCGUUGGCAGCAGGGAUCUAUACCAAUAACAUCCAGUCGGGGCAAUUCUACCAGCUUUAGCCACCGUUCGGGGGCAAAGUUAAUGAACAACUCAAAAUCCCUAGUACUGCUACGACUUCUGCCUCAGCUGCAGAGGUGAAGCAGUUUGUGCUCCCAGGGAGAAGAUGACUUACAGUGCGCAACUGGGACUGCUGCUGUGGAAGAACUUCACCUACAGAAGAAGACAGACACUGCAACUUCUGGUGGAAAUCGCAUGGCCUCUCUUCAUUUUCUUUAUCCUGAUCUCUGUGCGACUUUCUUAUCCUCCCUACGAGCAACAUGAAUGUCAUUUUCCAAACAAGGCGAUGCCGUCUGCAGGAACAUUACCAUGGGUACAGGGCAUCAUCUGCAACGCCAACAAUCCGUGUUUCCGCUACCCAACGCCAGGGGAAACUCCUGGAGAGGUCGGAAACUUCAAUAGGUCCAUAGUCUCCCGUUUGUUCUCCGACGCAAGGCAGUUGUUGCUCUACAGUCGAAAGGACACCACUGUGGAAGACAUGCAAAGUUUCCUGGGAAACCUACAUACAUUUCGGGGCACAGGUUUGAAACUACGAGAUUUUCUAAUGGAUGAUGAGAAAUUCACAACGUUUCUUCAGCACAACAUUAGUAUGCCUUCCAUCGUGGUAGAAGAGAUAAUGAAUGCCAAUCUCAAGUUGGAGCAGGUCUUGGUGUCUGGGUUUCAAAUACAUUUAAAGGAUCUGUGUAAUAGCUCCAGGUUGGCAGAAUAUGUGACCAUUCAGAACGAGGAUGUGGCAAAUCUCAGCCAAGCAGUUAUCUGUGCCCUUCCUGAGGAGAAGCUUAAUCUGUUGGAGCAGGAAUUCCGUUCCAAUAUUGACCUUCUGAAGCCCAUUACAAAAGAGAUGUCGUCAAAUUCCUUCCCUAUAUUGAAAGAAGUAACAGAAAACUUGCUGGAAAGCUUGGGCCAACUUGCACGAGAGGUUACAACCAAGAAAAGUUGGGCAGACAUGAGGCAGGAGGUGAUGUUCCUCACCAGUGGAAAUUCCACUUCUUCGCCGACCUUAUUGUACCAGGCGGUCUCUCGUAUUGUGUGUGGACACCCUGAGGGCGGAGGACUAAAGAUCAAAUCUCUCAACUGGUACGAGGAUAACAACUACAAGGCAUUAUUUGGAGGAGACGAAGGGAACGGGACAGAGGAAGAAUCACAAGUCACAUAUGACAAUUCCACAACGCCUUAUUGCAAUGAGUUGAUGAUGACCCUGGAGUCCAGCACACUGUACAGAAUGAUCUGGAGAGCUCUGAAGCCUUUACUCGUAGGCAAAAUCCUUUAUACCCCCAACACUCCAGCCACGCAGAUGCUAAUGGCCGAGGUCAACAAAACGUUCCAGGAAUUCAGCGUGUUCCAGGAUCUUGGUGCAAUGUGGGAAGAAAUUCGUCCUCAGAUCAAAAAGUUCAUGGAAGACAGCGAAGAGGUGGAUCUUAUCCGGACUUUGUUAACCAAUAAAGGAAGCAAGCACUUCUUGGAUCGUCAACUUAAUUCGACUGGGUGGACGGCAGAGGAUAUCUCAAGGUUCCUGGCUAAACAGCCAAGAAAUGUGACAGCUGAGAGUGGGUCCUAUUAUACCUGGAGGGAGGCCCUCAAUGAGACAGACCGUGUUGUCUUAACCAUGUCAAGAUUUAUGGAGUGUGUCAAUUUGGACAAAUUGGAACCAGUGGAUUCUGAAGACGGUCUCAUUGCCAAAUCCACGAAGCUUCUGAAUGAGAGGAAAUUCUGGGCAGGUGUUGUCUUCGUAGAUGUUCCUACCAAUGGCACAGAUCUCCCUCACCAUGUUAAAUAUAAGAUCAGAAUGGACAUUGAUAACGUGGAGCGAACCAAUAAGAUUAAAGACAGUUACUGGGACCCUGGUCCCCGAGCUGAUCCAUUUGAAGACAUGCGCUAUGUAUGGGGAGGUUUUGCUUAUCUCCAAGAUGUGAUCGAACAGGCUAUUAUUAGAGUUCAAACAGGCACCGAGAAGAGGACUGGAGUCUAUGUACAACAGAUGCCAUAUCCAUGCUAUGUAGAUGACAUAUUUCUACGGGUCAUGAGCCGAUCACUGCCACUGUUUAUGACUUUGGCUUGGAUUUAUUCCGUUGCUGUGAUCAUAAAAGGGAUUGUGUAUGAGAAGGAGGCUCGUCUUAAGGAGACCAUGAGGAUUAUGGGCCUGGACAAUGGCAUCCUUUGGCUGAGUUGGUUUAUCAGCAGUCUCAUUCCGUUACUUAUGAGUGCUGGCCUUCUGGUGUUGAUCCUAAAGAUGGGCAAUCUGCUGCCAUACAGCGACCCAAGCGUGGUCUUUGUGUUUUUGUCCGUCUUUGCGGUGGUGACCAUUUCACAAUGCUUCCUGAUAAGCACCAUAUUCUCCAGAGCUAACCUGGCCGCAGCCUGUGGUGGAAUCAUCUACUUUACGCUCUAUCUUCCGUAUGUACUGUGUGUCGCCUGGCAGGACUACGUCGGCUUCCCACUCAAGAUAUUUGCUAGCUUCUUAUCCCCAGUUGCCUUCGGAUUUGGCUGUGAAUUUUUUGCACUCUUUGAGGAGCAAGGUGUUGGGGCACAGUGGGACAACCUCUUAGAAAGCCCUCUAGAAGAAGAUGGUUAUAACCUCACAACAUCAGCCUUCAUGAUGCUUUUUGACACCCUCCUGUAUGGGAUCAUGACAUGGUACAUCGAAGCUGUCUUCCCAGGUCAGUUUGGAAUUCCCAGAGUGUGGUACUUCCCGUUCACAAAGUCUUACUGGUGUGGAGAAGAACCCUCAAUGGGCACCCACCCUCAGUCCAUGCAGAAGCGAUCACCUGAGGUUUGCAUGGAAGAGGAACCCAGCCAUCUUCCUCUUGGGGUUUCCAUUCAGAACCUUGUGAAAAUUUACCGAAAUGGCAAAAAAGUGGCAGUGGAUGGACUCACACUGAGCUUCUAUGAAGGCCAAAUCACAUCUUUUCUUGGUCAUAACGGAGCUGGAAAAACAACCACCAUGUCCAUAUUAACGGGCUUGUUUCCACCAACUAUGGGUACAGCUUACAUCAUGGGUAAAGACAUCCGCUCUGAGCUCAGCUCCAUCCGGCAGAAUUUAGGAGUCUGUCCCCAGCACAAUGUACUUUUCGACAUGCUGACUGUUGAAGAGCACAUCUGGUUCUAUGCACGCCUGAAAGGGCUCUCAGUGGAGAAGGUGAAAGCAGAGAUGGAGCAGAUGAUUAUUGAUGUUGGUCUUCCAAAUAAGAAGAAUGCCAAGACAAGCCAGCUGUCAGGUGGUAUGCAGAGGAAGCUCUCGGUGGCACUGGCCUUUGUGGGUGGAUCAAAGGUUAUCAUUCUUGAUGAACCCACUGCAGGAGUUGAUCCUUAUUCUCGCAGAGGCAUUUGGGAAUUGCUCCUUAAAUACAGACAAGGCAGGACCAUCAUCCUUUCCACACAUCACAUGGAUGAAGCUGACAUCCUUGGUGAUCGAAUUGCCAUCAUCUCCCAUGGCAAGCUGUGCUGCGUGGGCUCCUCUCUGUUCCUCAAGAACCAGCUCGGGACAGGUUAUUACCUCACUUUGGUCAAGAGGGACUCAGACUCAUCGCUGAGCUCCUGCAGGAACAGCAGCAGCACUAUGUCUUAUAUUAAAAAGGAAAACGGCAGGCCAGCUCCUGCUCGCAAACUACAGCAGAGCCCGAUGCUAGCAGCACCAUCAGGAGCGGGGACCACAGAGGAGGUGAUUACUAAACAUAACAAACAAACGGCGGGCCGGAAGAGAGCAGCGAAGGAUAGGGAGGAUAGUGUAUCUCAGAGCAGCUCUGAUGCCGGCUUGGGCAGCGACCAUGAAAGUGACACCUUAACAAUAGACGUCUCUGCCAUAUCCAACCUAAUCAAUAAGCAUGUGCCUGAGGCUCGACUAGUGGAGGAUAUUGGGCAUGAGUUGACCUACGUGUUGCCCUAUGAAGCUGCCAAAGAAGGAGCUUUCGUGGAACUAUUUCAUGAAAUCGACGACCGUCUCUUUGAUCUGGGUAUUUCCAGCUACGGUAUUGCAGACACCACAUUGGAAGAGAUAUUCCUAAAAGUAGCUGAUGAGACCGGUGUGGAUGCUGACACUUCAGAUGGGACACUGCCAGCUCGGAGAAAAAGGUACGCUUUUGGAGAUCAUCAAAGCUGCCUGCGACCCUUCACAGAAGACGAUCCACUUGAAGCCAACGAUUCUGAUAUUGACCCAGAGUCACGGGAGACAGAUUUUCUAAGUGGUAUAGAUGGCAAAGGUUCCUAUCGGGUCAAGAGCUGGAAUUUAGUGAGGCAGCAGUUUGCAGCUUUACUCUGGAAAAGGCUGCUUUAUGCCAAGCGCAGCAGAAAGGGAUUCUUUGCUCAGAUUGUGCUGCCGGCUGUUUUUGUCCUUAUUGCACUCUUGUUCAGCCUUAUUGUGCCUCCCUUUGGCAAGUACCCCAGCCUUGAGCUUCAGCCCUGGAUGUAUGAUGAGCAGUACACGUUUAUCAGCAAUGAUGCUCCAGAUGAUGCCGGCACCCAAGCGCUCUUGCGAGCCCUGACUGAUAAGCCAGGCUUUGGAACGGCUUGCAUGGAAGGAUAUUCUGUUCCAGGUGUCAGCUGCUCAGAUGGAGAAGAAGAAUGGAGCACGCAAUUUGUCUCAAAAUCGGUGGAGGAGAUGUUCCAAUACGGCAACUGGUCAAUGGAGAACCCUUCGCCAUCUUGCGAGUGCAGUAAUGACAGGAUAAAGAAGAUGCUUCCAGACUGUCCUCCUGGGGCUGGCGGGCUACCCCCCCUGCAGAGGAAGCAAAACACUUCAGACAUCUUGCAGAAUCUGACCGGUAGAAAUAUUUCGGACUAUCUUGUAAAAACGUAUGCACAGAUCAUUGGAAAAAGCUUGAAAAACAAAAUCUGGGUAAAUGAAUUUAGGUAUGGAGGCUUCUCGCUUGGUGCAAGCAGUUCCCCAGCAAUGCCUCCAAGUGAAGAGAUUAUGGCUUCCAUUGAUCACAUCAAGAAACACCUGAAGUUGACUGAGGAUGGUGCCAUUAAUCGUUUUCUUGACAGUUUUGGGACUUUCAUGAAGGGCCUGGAUGCGAAAGAUAAUGUCAAGGUCUGGUUCAACAAUAAGGGCUGGCAUGCUAUUGGUUCUUUCCUCAAUGUGAUGAACAACGCUAUUCUUCGUUCCAACAUACGCCAGGGCGAGGAUCCUGCCAGAUAUGGAAUCACUGCCUUUAAUCACCCCCUUAACCUCACCAAAGAACAGUUAUCUGAAGUUGCAUUGAUGACUACAUCUGUGGAUGUCUUGGUUUCCAUCUGCGUGAUAUUCGCCAUGUCGUUCGUGCCAGCUAGUUUUGUGGUUUUCCUGAUCCAGGAGAGAGUGUCCAAAGCGAAGCAUAUGCAGUGUAUCAGCGGUGUGAAGCCAGUUAUCUACUGGCUGGCCAACUUUGUCUGGGAUAUGUGUAACUACAUAGUACCGGCGACUUUGGUCAUCAUUAUAUUCAUCUGCUUCCAGCAAGACUCUUACGUCUCUUCUUCCAAUUUACCUGUGCUGGCUCUCCUGCUUUUAUUAUAUGGGUGGUCCAUCACUCCUCUCAUGUACCCAGCUUCCUUCAUAUUCAAGAUCCCCAGCACAGCUUAUGUGGUGCUCACCAGUGUAAACUUGUUCAUUGGAAUCAACGGCAGUGUGGCCACUUUUGUGCUGGAACUGUUCACCAACAACAAAUUAAACAACAUUAAUGAUAUUCUGAAGUCCGUUCUCCUGAUCUUCCCUCACUUCUGUCUGGGUCGAGGACUCAUUGAUAUGGUGAAAAAUCAGGCUAUGGCCAAUGCCCUGGAAAGAUUUGGAGAAAACCGCUUUGUCUCUCCCAUGUCCUGGGAUCUUGUUGGACGGAAUCUUUUUGCAAUGGCUGUGGAGGGUGUGGUAUUUUUUGUAAUCACCCUGCUGAUACAAUACCGUUUUUUCAUUAAACCGAGACCGGUGAGUUCAAAGCUCCCUCCUCUGAUAGACGAGGAUGAGGACGUGGCAAGAGAGCGACAGAGAAUAUUGAAUGAGGGCGGUCGGAAUGACAUCUUGGAAAUUAAAGGGCUUACUAAGAUCUAUAGAAUGAAGAGGAAGCCAGCUGUGGAUAGAGUGUGUGUGGGCAUCCCUCCAGGAGAGUGCUUUGGGCUGCUUGGAGUCAACGGUGCAGGCAAAACCACCACAUUUAAGAUGCUUACGGGAGACACUGAUGUGACUUCUGGAGAAGCCUUCCUUAAUGGACACAGUAUCCUGUCGAACAUGCAAGAAGUCCAUCAGAACAUGGGAUACUGUCCUCAGUUUGAUGCCAUCAAUGAGCUUUUGACGGGAAGGGAACACUUGGAGUUCUAUGCUCUCUUACGUGGGGUUCCUGAGAGAGAGGUUUGCAAGGUUGCCGAAUGGGCAGUGCGCAAACUGGGCCUAGUAAAAUAUGCCGAAAGGCGUGCCGGAAACUACAGCGGGGGAAACAGGCGCAAACUAUCUACAGCCAUGGCCCUCAUCGGGGGGCCUCCUGUGGUUUUCCUGGAUGAGCCUACAACGGGCAUGGAUCCCAAAGCUAGACGCUUCCUGUGGAACUGCGCUUUAAGUGUUGUUAAAGAAGGGAGAUCAGUUGUUCUCACGUCCCACAGUAUGGAAGAAUGUGAAGCUCUUUGCACAAGAAUGGCCAUCAUGGUUAACGGGAGGUUCCGGUGUCUUGGAAGUGUCCAGCAUCUAAAGAACAAGUUUGGAGAUGGCUAUACCAUAGUAUUACGUGUAUCAGGCUCCAACCCAGACCUGAAGCCUGUAGAAGAUUUCUUUAGCCAGGCUUUUCCAGGUAGCGUGUUAAAGGAAAAGCAUCGAGGAAUGCUACAGUACCAGCUCCCCUCCUCACAGUCCUCCCUGGCCAGGAUAUUCAGCACACUCUCCAAGAACAAAAAAAGACUUCAUAUUGAAGAUUACUCCGUCUCUCAGACCACUCUUGACCAAGUAUUUGUUAACUUUGCCAAGGACCAAAGCGAUGACGAUCUCUCCAUGUCAUUGCACAAAAACCAGACUGUUGUAGAUGUUGCUCUCCUAACAUCGUUUCUUCAGGACGAGAAGGUAAAAGAAAGCUACGUGUGAUCAGCCUAUAUGGAGAAUCUAAGAGGAUUUGAAUGAAAAGGCACUCAUGGCUGUAGAUGAAACAUGAAUGCCAAGGAGUCCAAUCUCCAGGACCUGCCCAAAGGGGCAUCGUAUACUGGACAACACAGUGCUACCACUCAAUGCAAUGCAAAUCAAUGCAGUGACAGACAGAAUUCCAUGACAGAGGCCGUGCCUCUUGUACUGCCUUGUUGUACUAUGCUCAGGUUGGAUGCUUGAACUGAGACGCCAACAGUACGACAACGUGAAUCUGUAGUGUUGCACCCACAGGUUCAUUCCUUUUGUGGGCUUGACACCUUAGCUAUUACAUAUAAUUUUUAGGUUUUUUUUUUUAUUGUUCAUUUUGUUUUUUUGGGAUCGCAAACCAUUUUACCAGUGACACACUAUGACCAGUGACUAUUUAUUAUUAACUUUUUUCCUUUCAAAUUUACAUGUACAUUGUGAACAGGAAUGCCAAACUCGGUGUGCCCAGAACUGAAGGACUAGCUUUAAUGCUCUGGUGAUGUCACGCACAGUUCAUUUUUCGGUAGUAGGCGCAUCCACUUCUCCUGUUAGCCAUGGAUAUCAUUUCUAUGCUAUGUGUUGCAGCCAAGGAUUACAGGGCACACAUUUACAGCAAUAAAAUCGGAAUGUAGGCAAGUUAGUGCUUGCCGACUAGUAGGACCGUAAAGUUUUAAGCUGCAAACAGCAAUUAAGUAAAACAGGUUUGGUGCCUAAAAAUGCCAGUGGUGGAAAA